AUGUCAAACAUCAACCUCAGCUAUAUGGAUUCUGUCAAGUAUGCCAAACAGACUAGAUUCACCAUGCCAAUGCUUGACAGUCCUGGAUCUAAUGCAAGUAGUAACAGCAGCGGCAGCAGCAGCGUUGGUGGUGAGGUGCGGGAUCAUCAUAGCAAGGACCGUCAGCUGAAGAAGACACCGCCCCUUCCAUACAGAGUGGCCAAGGCUCUGGAUCCUCUCAUAUAUCGCAAUACAGAGCUGGAUAUUUGGGAGGAGGAUCGACGGGAGGCAAUUCAUCGAGAAAAGUUUCGACAUUUCACUUUCUCACCAGGUGACAAGUGUCAGGUAAUUCUAGACUGUGGUCCUAUCUAUCAUGGCCAUGUUCAGGAGAUAGGGGACAAGGCAAACCCUGUUGUAGUGUACAUUGAAGAAUUGGGGGAGAAACGCGAGAUACCACUGGAUAGCCUCCGUCCUACUAAAUCCACACUUCGUUCUGACCUGCUGUGGAAAAGUUGGAGACGAAAGAGUCCUAUUAUGCCGGUAGCACAAUUAGGACCAAACAUUCCUAACUGCCCUCCUCCUCUGGCACCUAAAAUGGUUGGCCCAAACAUUAGACCAAACAACAUGAUGCCAUUGAAACAGAUUCAGAAUACAACUCACCAGACAAGAGAAGUUGUUCACACAGGAAUACAGCAAAAUGGACAGCAAUCCACACUCCUCAAACCACCACAGCCACUGCCAUCAUCCUACCUUAUGUCUCAGGGUCCUCCCCCACCUGUACAUGUUCCACCAAUGAACGGAAACCUGCCACUCCUCAACGGCCCAAUGCCAGCACCCAUCCACAAAGGCAGUGCACCAAUGUAUAGCACAGCUCCCCAACAGGCAGUUGUCCCACAGCAUGUGGUCCCUCCUCCGUCAUCUACCGAAAUACAGGUCGUGUCUCCUGGUGGCAAUCAGCUGUAUCCUUGUAUUUGGGUUCCCUUCAUGGACAGUAUGUCUCUGCGACAAGUCAAUGUUAAUAUGCCACCAUCACAGGAUCCCAUGGGACAAGAUCUACCUUUUACAGAUACACAGACUCUGAGAUUCUUCUUCAACCUUGGAGUAGAGUACUAUCGGUCUGUAAGCCAGAUGAGUUGUUCCAUGUCGGUCAACAGCUGUCCACCACAGGGUCAGUCGGGUAUAAAUCACUGUCAAUCUAAAUCCAACAACAACAAACACAACACCAAACAACCAUUAACACAGUCAAACACAAAACCCACAGACCCAUGCCUCACCAGUCCUUCUGAACUCGAUGAUAAAAGGAGCAAUACUUCUGCUGAUAGUGGAUGCGAGUCUGAGAGCUCGGCAACUGUAUCUGGUCACCCGAGCAACAACAAAAAUGAUGGCUCCAUGACACUUUUGAAAGAAAGUGUGGCCACUGUUAAGUCUGUGUCAAAUGAAAGUAAUCUUGAGAAAAUUAGUGCAUGUUCUGAUAUGUCAGUGAGCGAGUCAAAUGAAGGGUCUAUCAUCCAUGAACAGGAUCAGCAGCCAGGUCGCCAGAUGAAACAUAGGCGGAAAUAUUACAUGUAUGGUGACCUCAAGCUUGUAAAGCCAAUCAAAGAUAUCCCAAAACGUUUCCUAAACAUGUUGGCAGCCACGAGUGCUGAGCGAGCCCGCUGCGAGGGAGAACCCAUCAUUCUUGCAUCACCAGCAACGCCACCUGGUGGUGAACAUUUUGUUGAAAAUCAAAACUCCCAGUAUAUGAAUAAUUCUGGUCAUCAAACAUCACUUGAUAAUUCCUCUGUAUCCAGUGAGGGGUGUAGCACAAGUUGUAAUGGGCAGGCUUUAGUCAGCUCUGUAGAUUCUCAGCUUUCUGCAUGCCAAACUAACUAUCAGGCUUUGUAUAUUCCCCCCCAGUCUUCCCUCUCAAAUGUCCAAACUCCUGCUUGUAGCACUGGUGAUAGUUUCACUAACACUUCAUGUAAUCAACCUCCAUUUUAUACAGGUUAUAGUAACACCAGCUUCCCCCAACAAAUGGGUACUGUGUAUUUCACCGACCAGACCUGUCCUCAAGGUAUACCAUCCGGCUACACGACUUACUCACCAGGAAUUGGACCUCUCUCUGGAUCUACAGGUCCUCACCACCCAGGCACCCAGCAAGCCCUCACCUACAGUGUUAGUCAUCAAGUGUCUUCACAGGUUGCCAUAGCAGCCUCACAAUGAUUGUCACAACUGUAACCAUGUCAACGACCUCUGCACUUUUCUCCUUCUAGCCAUUCAUACUUUCCAGUUAUAUUACUGUGUAGAUGACCUUAACAUCAUUUAACCUUGUUGAUGACCUUGAUAAUUUUUGUAAUCAGGAGUCCUUUCUUGCCUCAUGUUUAAUGUUAUCACACACUGGUCUCCAUCAUUCCAUUAUUGCAUGUUUCAUAUAUAAUCGUAUGCUUCCUGGUGUCUUUGGUUCUGUUUCUCCUGAUUCUCUAGUCAGUCUAUAUUCAGUGCAUACUAUGUAUGAUAAACUUUUACUGUAUCACCUGUAAAUCACUAUAAUUCCUAAACAACUGAUGUCAUAUUUGCCAUAUUAGUAGGAGCCUAAAAAGUAUAUGACAGGGAUAGUUUGUCAGUAAAUAAAGAACACCGUUUCACAUCCUUACCAUUUGUGUGGGGUGUUUUAGGUGUGUCUGUCUGUUACGUCCUCUGUCCCUGGGCAUUGGGGCCUUCCAAAUAAAUGAAAGGUCACCUUUGACCCUUUCUGCAAUUCUGCACAGGAUGCAUUGUUUCAUAGGAGUGAAGGAAUUCUGUUUUACAUUUUAUAGUUUUGGAAAUAAAUAAAUUGUCCAUUUCUGUUGAAGUUUCGUAAGAAUAUUUGCAAAGACAGGUACAUUAACUGAUAUUGGACAGCAUUCAACUGUAUAUCAAUAUAAGACCACACUAGAUUUACACACAUUUAGUGAUGGAGGGAUUGGUGGGAGGAGUUAAAGAUAUUCUAUUAUGAAUCUUGUUUGAGAGGAGCAUCCAUAAUAUGGCAAAUAUGACUGCUGGUUUUGCAGGUCUUAUUUAUGUAAAUGGUAAUAAAAGCUUUUCUGGUUAAACAUGCUAAUUAACAGUUAUGAUAUCAUAGAUUAGCUUUUAGAGCAAAAAUGGAUCAUUACUUAACAGACUUGUGAAAUAUUACCUGAUAAAAGACUUUGAAUCCAAAGACAACGUAGAUCUAUAAAAAAUCCAUGAAGAUUUGAAAUCCAUGUUAAUUUAUGGCCCUAUGAUGAGAGUAGUGGUGAUAAGCCAGCUUAUUGAUGUAGAAUAUGUUUUUGAAUGUUUUGUUGAAAUUUGUGUUGUCUUUUUUAAAGAAGGCUGUUUUUAGUAGUGUAAUUUCUAAUAGACUUAGAUAUAUGUUUUGGAUUUUGUCCAAUACAUUUACCAGCCUACGAGUGCUAUUUUACAGAAUCAUCAAGUGCCUUUGUGUACUAAUUGAUAUGAAAAUUGUUUUUCUGUGAUGUAAAUGUUUUGAUUUUGUAAAUAGAUGUAUAAUAUGUAGCCUACUUUGAACAAUUGUCAUCUGAAAUGUCAUUUUAUUAUAUUUGAGAACAAGAAGCGUUCAAUAGUGAAAUUUAAACCCCAAUAUUUUACAAAAGUAAUUUUAUAUUACCUUUUCAUAGAUUCAUCUAUCUUGUUUAAAAAAAAAAGUUAAACUUUCUCUUGAUUUUGUUGUUUAUUUUAAUUUACAACUUGUUUAUAGAACUAUAAAAUGCAGUGCAUUUUUAUUUAUUUCAUUUGUAAGAAAUUAGACAUGAUAAUAUCUCAAUGAUAGGUAUUUAAAGUAUAACUAAUAACUGUCUUUAUUUUGGCCCUUGUAGUUAGCUUAAAUGAUAUACUACUGAUAUCCAUGACUAUAACAUUUGAAGAUUGGUUUUGUAUAUUUACACUGUACAAUAUGUAUUGAAACUACUUCCUUUUUGAGAAAUUCAAUAUUAUUAACAAUGGAAAUUGAUACAGUCCACACCUCGACUACUUUUAAAAGUUGUAUAUUGUUUUGAAAUAAACACACUUUAGCUUCAUAUUAUGUAGUUGAAUAGAACUUAAAGGGAUUGAGAGAAUCAUUUUUUUGAAGGUUUGACUUUAAAAAAGGACAAAAAUUUGUGUACGCGGAAGUUCAGAUUUAUUUUCCUUUUGAAACCAUCUUAAUCUGUUACCAAAGAAAAGAUACCUAAUAUUAAAUCAAUUUACUUAAGAGCCAGGAGGUGGUUCUGUUCAAUGAUCACAAACACAUAAUCUGACUCGUGCUACAGUGUCACUGUUUAUUGUGGACGCUCGUCUAAAACUUGGUGAAUGGUUCGAUGAACAUACUAAAAAACCGUUUUACUGCUGCAAUUUUUAUGAUGCUGAAUUAAUAAAUUGUUUCAUUAUUUGAGAUAAUGUUUACAUUGUAAGAUUCUUUUAAAUGACGUUCACUAUUAAGUUUAAUCUUAGGAGAUAUAAAUAUACAUGUAUGUACAUGUAUAUGCACAGUUUUUACAUGUUAGAAACCUACAUGUUUUUUCUAAAAUUUAUUUAUUUUGAAAUAGAUAAAUAUGUUAAGAUUUCUUGCUGGAGUUUAACAUUUUAUAUUUAAUUUGUUUUACACAUUUUCUAGUUUAAUCAUUAGUAUACAGGAAAAGAGACAAAACACUUGAAUAUUUCCAUUGUCUCUAAUGAAAUCCUCAAUCUGGUUUUCUGGACGUUGUAUAAUGUAUGGUCAUUGUUUAUAAAUAAAUAGUAGAAUUUAUUUAACAGAUCUAUGCAUAUGUUUAUGAUCAAAAGAUAGGAGACUGCCCUGGUGCUGUGAGUUGUAGUUCUAUACUGCAGUUUUUCACGAACGUGAAGUUGUGUUGUUACAAAUGAUGUGAAAUCACGCUAGUCAGCUGAUGUUCUGUGACGUCAUUAUUUGUCCUCAUUUUGAAGCUAGUUUUAUGAUAUUGUAUUUUGUGUCCGCAUUAUCAUAACUUGAUAUUUGUGUGGUUCCAUUGCUUAUCAAGUUAAAUAAAUGUUUGUAAAUAGUCAUUAUCUAUUCAUUAUGAUGCAGCUUCAUUGAUGAGUGCCUUUAAUAUUAUACCUUUACAGUACUGUACAAACAUGAUAUGGUAUUCAAAAGGGCCCAAUAGCAAAUGCAUCAGAUUAUACUUACAUUCAUAUGCAAUUUAUUACAAUUUAAUUGUGUUACUCUUCCCAUACAUCUCAUAAAUCUUUAUUUUUAAAAUAUCAUUAAUAUGUUUUAAAGUUUAAGAUUUAUAUUAGGAAAUGUUAAGAUUGUGUGUUGUUAUUCAUUUGCUGUUUUAAAAAGAAUAUAUUAUAUAACAUGUGCAUUCCAUUUAAAUGUAACAUAUUACUGAAUGUCAAAUUUUGGAUGAUAUCGUCUUUUCUUGAAACACAAAUGACACAGUACCUUCGCUUUAUAUUGCAUCCCUUUGUCCAUCAUGAAAAAUAGAAUAAGAAAAUUAGAUAAGGUUAAGGCCUUGGAGUCUGUGUCACACCUGGACAAUGUAAGUAAAGGACCCCCACUAACAAGGUAUCCGUAGAAUAAUAGCGGAGCUUGACGUCAUGCCCGACCGGUGUCAUGGGAUAUUAAGCAAAAUUUAUGCAUAGUUCAUAAAGGCUUUAUCUGGUAGAAUAGUGUUUGUCAGGAGUGGUUUUAAAAGUACUGUCAUUGUCAGUGAGUUAUCAAGCGACAUUAUACAUCCUAUCAUUACCAUAUACAUGUAGCGUUAUACUUCUAUUACCUAGAACGUCAUCUAAUCAUUGUAGCGUAGGACAGAAUUCUUUACCAACCGUUGGUUUGUUAAUAAUUUUUUUAAAAAUUAAGUAAAAAAAAACUAAUAUCAUGGCCAUUAUAUCGAGAAUAUACCUAUAAUGGAUGAAAGGUAUUUAAAAGCCCAAGCUUAGUGUAUUUUAGUUACAAAUCUUCAUUCACAGUAAAUUCACAGGAGAAAUAUUUUGAUGUCCACAGAACAAUAUUUUGUAAUAACCUAUUUUAGUAAUAUUGGUCCCAUUGGAGUUCUGUAUGAUCACAAUAUACACCUGGCAAAUAUAGGUAGUUACAAUUGUGAUUGAUUUCAUCUCUGUAAUAGAAAAUUAAAAAAAAACAUUGUUUUAAAAAAAGUGUGUUUCAUUAUUUGAUAGUUUGACUGGCUCUAGUCUAUACUCAAAAGUGUGAUCUGGCUGGUGCUAAUUUAACUAAAGGUCAGGUGCAAACUCUGAUGUAAAUGUUCACCAAUAAAACUGUUUAUCAUCA